UUAAAAUGGAAAAAACUACACAAAAUGCCAACGAAGACGGUGUGUAACGUGUAGAAAUCCUCUGGGCUGCUGGUGCUUCUCGCCCGAAGCCCCCUCUCUCUCUCGAUCUCUUCUCGCUCUCCUCUUCGUGCUUCGGGUUCCGUCAAAAGCUCUCACUCGCUUCGGCGAUGGCUCCGGUCUCCGCCCUCGCCAAGUACAAGCUGGUGUUCUUGGGGGAUCAGUCGGUGGGGAAGACCAGCAUCAUCACUAGAUUCAUGUACGAUAAGUUCGACAACACCUACCAGGCUACAAUUGGCAUUGAUUUUCUGUCGAAGACCAUGUACCUUGAAGAUCGAACUGUCAGACUACAGCUUUGGGACACAGCUGGGCAGGAGAGAUUUAGGAGCCUAAUUCCAAGCUACAUUCGAGACUCCUCUGUUGCGGUCAUUGUUUAUGAUGUCUCAAGCCGACAGUCUUUCCUAAAUACUUCAAAGUGGAUCGAAGAGGUUCGCACAGAGAGGGGUAGUGAUGUUAUCAUUGUCCUUGUUGGGAACAAGACUGACCUUGUUGACAAGAGGCAAGUCUCAAUAGAAGAAGGAGAAGCCAAAGCACGAGAGCUUGGUGUCAUGUUUAUUGAAACAAGUGCCAAAGCUGGCUUCAACGUAAAGGCAUUGUUCCGGAAAAUUGCUGCUGCACUGCCAGGGAUGGAGACUCUCUCAUCAACAAAGCAGGAAGACAUGGUUGAUGUGAACUUGAAGGCUACCAGUGCGAAUUCAACCCAGUCACAGGGACCAUCUGGAGGAUGCAACUGUUGACGCUUAUCCAGGUCCCGUUACAUUGCUCUUAGCCUCUUACUAAUGCAUGUGAGCUACUAUCAAAUUUUGUCUGCUUCAGCUCGGUUCCAUAGACACUGUCACCUUUCUUUGUAGAGCUGCAUGGACCAACUUGGAAAAGGAAAAGGUGGCUGAGGUUCUGGUGGGUGAAUCGGUCUCUUGUCAAUGUGUUUUUCUAUUUUUUGUAUUUAUUUCUUGCGUGUUCAUAUAGAAUUUUUAGUUCAUCAAGAGAUCUUGUAGUGUUGUGUCAAAUGGACCAUCAGAAACACUUCAAACAAUUGUAGGUACAGGUGCUGCAGUUUAUUCCUGGCUUCAGUGAUAUAGAUAGAGAAUGCGUAGUGAGAUCGUUGUUGACAUGCUUAUACUGUAUUUCCUGAAUUGCUGGUGUUGACAUCCUUGCAUCUAUUAUUGGAAGUUUCUGGUCCUGGACUACCA